CAUUCUUUGUCGAAGGCUUAUGUUGUGUUUGGCGUGACUCAUAAUAUUUUUAGUGCAAAAUUGUGCCCGAUAAAUAAUCAGCAAUUAUAAUAAUCAUAUCACAAUAAUAAAGCACUUUAUUUAAUCGCUUUAAUACAACGUAGUUAGAUAAAUGAGUACUGGUGGAAUAUAAAGCAUAUUCAUUCUAUAGUUAUUAAAAGUGUUAACUUCAUAUUAAAUAAAAAAAUGGAUAAAUGCAGCAAUAACAUUCUUAAAAAUAAACAGGAUAUGAAAAUAGAAAUGGAGAAGGAAGAUCCUGAAGAGACAAUCCUAAAACUUCAAAAUCAAAUAGAAAAUUUCAAAUUAAAAAUGGAGGAUUUUGCUGGACACGUGAAGAGAUUUGAAAUAGAGAAAAAAGAACGCAUUCGCAGAAACAACGACAAAAUUAAUUUAAUUGCCGGGAUGAUUUUUAACCAUAUGAAUGAGUUGUACGAACAAGUUUUGGAGAAAUUAAAUCAAAAAGAGGCCGUUGCAGAAGAAAAUCAGGAAAUGAACAAUGAAAUGUGGAAAAAUACUGAAAAUACUGCUUUGAACAUUAUUGAAGAUUUGAAGGUUAUUUACAAUGAGGGAGCUGGUGUUUUAAACGAAUAAAUCCUUGAAUUCCAAAAUGUAUUUAAUCUUUAAUAAUAAUAUGUUUGUAAUAACAAUUAUUUUACUAAAGUAAUAAAAGUUUUUU